UUGGAUCAUUUGUUGAAAACCAUCAAAAGGGGGGUUGAAAGAAAACAGUCAUCUGCAUAAUUUGUUUUACAGUUUUCCCCUUUUACCUUUUUCCCUGGGAGAGACGGACUUCUAAGUGCAUCAUUAUGUUGAACAAUAUGGAUUUGAAUGCGAAAGAUUCUUUUUACCCUCAGUUUGAGAAUUGCAGCAGUUCUUCCCUGGGAAUGGAAAACAGCGUGCGGAAGGACAACCAGGAGGUGUACGUCGAUGCAGAGCGGGGGGUACCUGCCCAGUUCGGCCACGAAGGAGCCCCUGCAACCCUCAAAACCGAAGCUUCCAACUCGGAAUUUGCUUUUAACCCAUGCGAGUGCCCAAAAGACACCUACACCCCCUCCUCGCUCGCCUACUCUGGCAGUUUCUAUGUUGAGGCAUCUCAGGGAGCGCCGUGCAGCACCGAAACACUUCUCAAUAUGAUCACUGAGAUCGUGGGCAUAUCUACACUGCCACUUUCAGAAGUGCAACAGAGCGGCAGCAGUCGAGGAACUUAUCCAUCGCCUGCGCCGAUGGACAGCAGCAAUGGCAAUUUUGGAGACCCCGGCGUCAAAAGGCAAUCCUACACCUGCUCCGGACCUUCCCCCCCUGUAUACUCUCCAGACGAGACGUGCCCGAGGUAUGCUGAUGAUCAGGCUGGCAGCCAGGCCCAAGACCCGUCCACUUCCCAGCUAAGCUUCGGCUCUUCCCGAGCCCCGAACCAGAAGAAGGGUGAACCAAAGUCAGAGGCCGCUUCCUUCCCUGUUGUGGUCAAGAAUGAGUUUGAAAGCAGCUGCUAUGAGUGGGGGGCAUUUAAUAAAUCUGACUGUUUGGAGUCGAGUUUCCAGACAGAAACCUUCCCCAUGUCAAGCGAUUUCCCCCCUGACCAGCAAAUGGAUGUUAAGGAACUUUUAGACACGUUUCCCCCAAUCUGUCCCAACCCAGAGAUGGAGUUUAAAGUGGAGGGAGGUAUCAAACAGGAACCGUGUUUCUCUGACACUUGUUCUCAGAGCUACUCCAGCCCCCUGUACAAUAAUUACCUCCCACCACCUCCGAUGGGCCUCUCCUCUAACCUGAAACCCUUCCCCGAACCUCCACAGUCAUCCAAUCAGUGUGAUUCUUUAUACACGUCACCAGCUUUACCGAGCACCAUAGACUCCAUCCUGUACUCUUCCUUGUUGCCAGAUUCUUUUGCCCAAAGUUACACCACCCGUGCGACGAAGCCCCCAAGGGCCAGAAAGAGCCCCGCCGCCUCUCACGGCCCAGCCAAAGAGAAACCCUUCGCCUGCCCCAUGGAGAGCUGCGACCGGCGUUUCUCUCGCUCGGAUGAGCUCAACCGGCACAUCCGCAUCCACACGGGCCACAAACCUUUCCAGUGCCGCAUCUGUUUGCGCAGUUUCAGCCGUAGCGAUCACCUUACCACCCACACCAGGACUCACACCGGGGAGAAGCCGUUUUCCUGCGAUGUCUGCGGCAAACGGUUCGCCCGGAGCGACGAGAGGAAACGGCACGGACGCGUACACCUGAAACAGAAGGAGAAAAUGGAAAUAAAGCCACAGGUGACCACCGGCGCAUGGCCAUUCACUCUUCCCGAGGGAAUUUGAAGGCAAGGCUUUGCCCACAAAUACAAUAUUAGGAUCUUUCCGUCUUGGAAGAUAAGCCAGCUGACUACAAGUUGAUGUCUGAGUUGGGUUGACUGUAAGCCAAUGCCUGACGCAAGAGGUUUUGCGAAUAUUACAAUUUUUAGGAGCAGAAAGGGAUAAAGAGGUCUGCUUCGGCCUUAUUGCCUGCUGCUGAUGCUGCUGACUUUAUGCAAAGAUGCAUAAGUUGUAAAAGUCGGUAAACAGAUCAACAGUGACUUGUUGCUGUUACUGUCAGUAGAGCCAAACCUCUCUGCUGCGGCAUUGCAUGACUGCUGUUCAGCACCUCUUCAUCUGGACAGCUCCAACCUCCAUCGCCUCCAAGCCUGGAUGGAUUGCACUUACAGAUUAUUAAUAUCUCCAUUUAAGAUUCUUAUUUUCUGCUUUUAGCAUUCUUAGAGCAAUGGUUUGGACUAUGUUUCUUAAAAUGCAUGUUUAUGUCAGUGUUUCUUUCCUUUAACUGGAAUAUCAACCACUGUCAAGGUACUCCUUCACUCCAUAGUGAGGGUUAUUGACAUGAAUGUAGGCUAACACAUUUAUGGCUUUGACCAUAAAUGUGUCCAUCUUUGAUCAAAUUUAGUGUUUGUUUAACUUCUUAUCAUUUGGUUGUCAGUGUU